CUACAUUAUUGCGGAACUCAUCCUCCUCUGCUAGCAAAGUGACGACGCCUGUUGGCAGACCGGUUCUUUUCGGCCAUAGUGUAAUUAUUAUGAAUUGUUUGACUACCGUACUCUAAUUAACCGCCAUUUUUACAAUUUACACACGACAAAAAAUAAUUGACAAAAAUGAAUAUACGAAACGCGAGGCCGGAAGAUCUUAUGAACAUGCAGCACUGUAACCUUCUGUGUCUGCCGGAAAACUACCAAAUGAAAUACUACUUCUAUCAUGGAUUGUCCUGGCCCCAGCUCUCGUACAUCGCAGAGGAUGAAAAUGGCAAAAUAGUGGGUUACGUUCUGGCAAAAAUGGAGGAGGACCCAGAUGAUGUCCCUCAUGGACACAUCACAUCCUUGGCAGUCAAGCGCUCCCAUAGACGUCUGGGUCUGGCUCAAAAGCUGAUGGACCAGGCUAGUCGCGCCAUGAUAGAAAAUUUCAAUGCCAAAUAUGUCUCUCUUCAUGUCCGCAAAAGCAAUCGUGCAGCCCUGCAUCUGUAUUCGAACACACUCAAGUUCCAGAUCAGUGAAGUAGAACCAAAAUACUAUGCAGAUGGUGAGGACGCCUAUGCCAUGAAGAGAGACUUGGCCCACAUGGCAGAUGAGUUGAGAAAGCCAGGUGUGCGAGUGCCGGGUCAGGAAGCACCGUCUGGUUCCGGCAACCAAGAAAGGGAAAGCGAGAGAGACAGUGGAGGAGAAAGCAAAGAGCUGAGUGAAGUGAGCGAGGCUACAGAGAGCACAGACGUCAAAGAUUCUUCCUCUGACUCACAGUGACCGUCAAUGAUUUUUAUUUAAAUACAGAAGAAAGACAACAAAAACAAUUCAACCUGGACCGCCACUUUUUUAUUAAGAUUUUACAGUCACAUCACAACUUUCAGCAUUUACUGCUGUGGUAAUCAAUAACACAAUAUGAUACAAACAUGAAAUUUAAAGGAAGAUUUAUUUGAUUGCUGUAGCAUUUUGGUCUUGUGAUGUGAAAGAUUAAUGCAAUUAAAUCGUACUGACA